GCCCAACUUGAUGCUACCCUCCAGCUUCUCUGGACUCAGGGGAUGGACGCAGCCCUAAUUCCAAAGCAAGCCUGGUCCCCAUGGCACCCCCUGCUUCUCCUGCUCCUCCUGCCUGGAGGGAACACCAGCAGCUGUCCUGCUGUGUGUGACUGCACCUCCCAGCCCCGGGCAGUGCUCUGUGCCCACAGGCGACUGGAGGCUGUCCCUGGGGGCCUACCACUGGACACUGAGCUCCUGGACCUAAGUGGAAACCGCCUGUGGGGGCUUCAACGGGGCAUGCUUUCCCGACUGGGCCUCCUCCGGGAACUGGACCUCAGCCACAACCAGCUCUCCACCCUUGAGCCAGGGGCCUUCCAUGGUCUACACAGUCUAUUAACUCUGAGGCUGCAAGGGAAUCGGCUCCGAAUUAUGGGGCCUGGCAUCUUCUCAGGCCUGCCUGCCCUCACACUGCUGGAUCUCCGCCUUAACCAGAUUGUCCUCUUCCUAGAUGGAGCUUUUGGUGAGUUAGGCAGCCUCCAGCAACUGGAGGUUGGGGACAACCACCUGGUGUUUGUGGCUCCAGGAGCCUUUGCAGGAUUGACUGAGCUAAGCACCCUUACCCUGGAGCGCUGCAACCUAAGCACAGUACCUGGUCUAGCCCUUGCCAGGCUCCCAGCACUAGUGGCCCUUAGGCUUAGAGAACUGGAUAUUGAGAAACUGCCAGCUGGGGCCCUGCGGGGGCUGGGGCAACUAAAGGAGCUGGAGAUCCACCACUGGCCAUCUCUGGAGGCUCUGGACCCAGGAAGCCUGGUUGGGCUCAAUCUAAGUAGCCUGGCCAUCACCCGCUGCAAUCUGAGCUCAGUGCCCUUCCAGGCACUGCACCACCUGAGCUUCCUCAGGGUCCUGGAUCUAUCCCAGAACCCUAUUUCAGCCAUCCCAGCCCGAAGGCUCAGUCCCCUGGUGCGGCUCCAGGAGCUCCGGUUAUCGGGGGCCUGCCUCACCUCCAUCGCUGCCCAGGCCUUCCAUGGCUUGACUGCCUUCCACAUGUUGGAUGUGGCAGACAACGCCCUUCAGACCCUGGAGGAAACAGCCUUUCCUUCUCCAGACAAACUGGUCACCUUGAGGCUGUCUGGUAACCCUCUAACCUGUGACUGCCGUCUUCUCUGGCUGCUCAGGCUACGAAGACACCUGGACUUUGGCACGUCCCCCCCUGCCUGUGCUGGCCCCCAGCAUGUCCAAGGGAAGAGCCUGAGGGAAUUUUCAGACAUCCUACCUCCAGGGCACUUCACCUGCAAGCCAGCCCUGAUCCGCAAGUCGGGGCCACGGUGGGUCAUUGCAGAGGAGGGGGGGCAUGCUCUUUUUUCCUGCUCUGGAGAUGGAGACCCAGCCCCCACAGUCUCCUGGAUGAGGCCUCCAGGGGCUUGGCUGGGAAGAGGUGGGAGAGUGAGGGUCCUGGAGGAUGGGACGCUGGAGAUUCGCUCGGUGCAGCUACGGGACAGAGGAGCCUAUGUUUGUGUAGUAAGCAAUGUAGCUGGGAAUGACUCCCUGAGAACCUGGCUGGAAGUAAUCCAAAUUGAACCACCAAAUGGCACUCUCUCGGACCCCAACAUCACCAUGCCAGGAGCCCCAGGGCCAUUUUUUCUAGACAGCAGAGGUGUGGCUAUGGUGUUAGCAAUGGGCUUCCUACCCUUCCUCACCUCAGUGACCCUCUGUUUCGGUCUGAUUGCCCUCUGGAGCAAGGGCAAGGGCCGAGUCAAGCAUCACAUGACUUUUGAUUUUGUGGCACCUCGGCCCUCUGGGGAUAAGAACUCUGGGGGUAACAGGGUCACUGCCAAGCUAUUCUGACAUCUCCUUCUACACUGGAGACCCAGCCAAGUCCACUUUUGAUACCAAAGGGGAACACAGAACCAACCAAGGCCCCUUGGGACCUCAACUUCACCCCCAGCAGCACAGAUAUCUCCCACCGCAGCCGCCUGCA